AGGAGGGGAGGGGAGGCAGAGGGCGGGGCCUGGACAGAGACCCCGCCCCGGGCCACGUGACCCAGCGAAGUGCUCCUGCCCCCGGAGGAGGCCCAGCACACAGGGGGAAGGACAGCGGAGCUCACACAGCAGACUGCAGUGCUUCUGAGCGUUUCUGGACCAGAAGUUCUCCUCACAGAGAGAGGGACACAGCAGACAGCAGGCGCCAUGGAGCCGCCGGCAGGCCCUGCAAGCACGAGGCAUGUCCCCUGGAACAGGCUCGUCCUGGCAGUCUUACUGUUAACUUUCUGGACCCCGCCCACCACUGCCCAGCUCACUAUUGAAACGGUGCCCCCCCUUGCUGCAGAAGGGUCGGAUGUUCUUCUCCUUGCCAACAACGUGACAGAGAAUCCUCUAGGCUAUGCCUGGCACAGAGGAGAAAGGGUAGAGAACACCCAGCUAAUUGCAUCAUAUAGGGUAGCCACUAAUUUAACUACCAAAGGGCCUGCACACAGCGGAAGGGAGACACUUUACCCCAACGGAACCCUGCUGAUCCAGAGCGUCACCCAGAAAGACACAGGAUCCUACACCCUGCUCGUUACAAAGGAUGAUUUAGGGACAGAAAGACAAACUGGACACCUCCAUGUACUCCCGGUGCUACCCACACCCGUCAUCACCAGCAACAACUCCAACCCCUGGGAGCACAAGGACACUGUGGUGUUAACAUGUGGACCUGAGACCCAGAACACGUCCUACACGUGGUGGAUCAGCAAUCAGAGCCUCCCCAAGAGCACCAGGCUGGAACUGUCCGAGGACAAGAGGACUCUCACUGUGUUCAAUGUCACAAGGAAAGAGAAAGGACCCUAUGUGUGCGAAGCCUGGAACCCAGUGGGCAUCAGCCGCAGUGACCCAUUCACCCUGGAUGUCCUCUACCCAGUGGCACGGCCCUCCCUCCAAGCCAGCAACACCACAGUCCCAGAACAUGAGGGCCCCGUGGUCCUGACCUGCCUCACAGAUGAGACUGGGGUCUCCAUACGCUGGCUUUUCAAAGGCCAGAGUCUCCUCCUCGCAGACAGGAUGACACUGUCCUCAGACAACAGCACCCUCACCAUAGACCCCAUCAGCAGAGAGGAUGCCGGGGGUUAUCAGUGUGAGGUCUCCAACAGGGGCAACUCCAGCAAGAGUGGCCCCCUCAGGCUGAGUGUGACCUGGCAAGAAAAUGCUCGAGCCCUCGGUGUGGGGGCCAUUACUGGCAUCGUGAUCGGGGUCCUGCUCGUCCUGACGCCGCUGGCUGUCCUGGGGUAUUUCAUUUUCCUUCACAGAGGGAACUGGCCCCCAGCGUCCACCUCAGGACGUGGUCCCUCUGGCAGCUCUAUCUCCCAGGCCUCCCUACCUGAUGCCAGGCCACCAGCUCCCAUCUACCAGGAAUUAGUACAACCGGACACAGACGUUUACUGUAAUAUCAGCCACAAAGCAGAUGUGGGUCCUUAGUUCCUCCAGACACGUCUCCUUACGGACUGUGGGAAAGAGCUUACCUGAGACCCAAGACCCGAGUGAGGUCAUGAGGAAGAGCCUGAGGUGGAGAACCAGCUCUGAGACCUGAGGCUAUUCGGGAACCUGGGCCCAGGCUCAGGGUCCUCCUGGAUUCCUGGAGACACUGACAGGCUGCCCUGAAGCCUGGAUGGACCAGAACUCAGGCUGCGAUUCCCACAGUGGGGGGAGGUUUCAACAGGCAAGUGACUGGGCCUCUGACCCACUGUGGACCACCAGAGAGAUCUGAAUCAAGAGCACUUUCCUUCCCCUGGUUGCAAAACAUACUGCCCUUGGGUCUUGUCCAGCAAGAAAUUCA